AUGGACACGUCCUCAGACUCUGACGGCGCACUCUCGCCUGGUGCUUACGAUCAAGUGGCAUACAACGCGGUGACCGCGAUGACCAGUUACGAUGACCAGGCGAUCAUCAAGUCUCCGUCUAGACACUCCGAGUCCUCAGACAGUGGCAGCGACGUCGCGGAACCACGAGGCACCUUGGCCCAUCACAAGUUCUCCAUAGACCGCAUCCUGGGUAGGUUCAAUGGUGCAGGUGACGCUGCAGCCGCGACAACCAUCGACUCCUGUCCAGAGACAUCAGACCCCGGCAAUCGUCACCGAAACGACUUGGCGUUCCGCGGCGUAGAUAGCAUCGCAGAACUUAACGGUCAUAACUUUCCUUACUCGUCGCUGCUGUAUGGAGGGUGGUUUGCGGCUGCGGCUGCCGCAGCGGUAGCUAACAAGACACCACCGUCCCAUUUAUUCGGUCUUCAGGCGCCAAAAACAGUGGGACGAAGAUCUAGGAAACCAGGAUUGGAUCGAAAACCAAGGCAAGCGUAUAGUGCAAAACAGCUAGAAAGAUUGGAAGCAGAGUUUAAAACGGACAAGUACUUGAGUGUGAGUAAGCGCAUGGAGCUGUCCAAGGCGCUGAACCUGACCGAAGUGCAGAUAAAGACGUGGUUCCAGAACAGGCGGACCAAGUGGAAGAAGCAGCUGGCGUCCAAGCUGAAGAUUGCGCACCGGCACGGUUACUUUCAACCGGUGCAGCACUACGCGUCGCUGUUCGCGCCGCACUGUUACUUUCCGGCGGCUGCUGCGUCUGCCGCGAGCUCCCCCCCGUCCGGUACCGCGGGUGGAGUUCAGAACUUCGGUUGCGGUUUACAGCCGCAGACGACUUCGGCGGGGCGCGAGUCAGCGGAACACAAGACUGUCGUCGUCGAACGUCCAGUCGCUGCCAAAACGGAACGGCAACACCAUCACCACCAGCACAAUCACCAGAGAUAA